AUGUAUAACCCCAAGUGUGACCUGGAGCGGUUGAAGCUGAUUCUGCUGUGCAACUUUCGCUACAUGUGGCAGUCGGCGCGGCUGCGCGGCACCCGGCACCUUCAGAGGGUGGUGUCUGCCACCCGGUACCGCUUCCUGGACUGGGAGACGGAGCUGGUCCACCACGCGCUGCAGAAAACUAUAGGUAUGACCAGGCCACUACUGGUGCCGGCCACUGUCUGGAUACGCACCAGUCUGCCCGACACAGUCUGGGACCUGCCACUGCCAGAAGCGGUACAGCUGUACUCUCCGGCACCGGACGGGGUACACGUGUACGUGGCCUGUGGCGGUCGCUGCUUUCACCUCUGGAGACUGCUGACAUCAAAACUGGUGCACACGUACAGAGGUCACACGGGUGACGUGACCUGUGUGUACCCGUCCCCGGACGGACGAUACGUGGUCUCUGGUGCCGAGGACUGUCUGGUGAUGGUGUGGAGCGCCACCAGUCACCAGCCGCUCAUCACCAUCGACCGCCACAUCGCCUGCGUGCUGUGCGUGGCCGUGACAUCACUGGCCCGGCACGGUGACGUGGUGGUCAGCGGCGGAGAGGACAGCUGUCUGUACGUCACCCGGCUGCCGGGCGCCGAAGGUGGCAGCAGUGAGCCCCACCAGCUGUCGCAGCACAGAGGACCGGUCACCUGUCUUCAGGUCAACGCCGAGGCAGAGGUCCUGGCCUCAGGCUCCCACGACAAGACAGUGAUCCUGUGGUCGCUGGAGUCUCUAACCGUGCUGAAUGAGAUCAUCAUGCCGUCGGCUGUCAGCCAUAUGUCCGUCUCGGGCGGAGCGACGUUUCUGCUUACCGCCUGUCUGGAUAUGACGGUUUAUGUGCACAGCUUUACCACUGGCAGUCCGUUACAUACGCUGAAAAACCACCAGAGUCAGGUGACCUCAGUGACGUCAUCUGAGGACGGUAACCUGUGCGUGGUCGGCUGCCGCGACUCCAAGGUGUACGUGUACGACAUACCGUCCUCCAAGCUGCUGAAGACGCUCACCAAGCACGGCAGUCCGGUACUGGCUGCUCUGUUCACAUCGCACGGCAGGCUGCUCAUCACGGCAGGGGUGUACCUGUCCGACCGGAAAAAGAUACCCGUGGAACAUACCGCCGACAUCACCUGUCUGGAUAUAUCGGCCGACCAGAGCAUGGUCGUCACGGGUUCCAGCGACUCGCACCUCAAGGUGUGGCUGGUGCCCUCUGGUGACCUGCACGCCACCCUGGAGGGUCACACGGGGGCCGUGACCUGUGUCCAGUUCGCCCCGAACGGACUGUAUGCAGUCAGCGGCUCACGAGAUAGCUCCAUACGCGUCUGGGGACUGACUCUCAAUAUGGUGGUGUCCGCGUUCACGGUGAGUGGACACCAGGCGCCGGUGGUGUGUCUCAGUGUGUUAUCGGACAGCAAACAGACACUGUCUGCGGACAGCGACGGAGUUCUGAUGCUGUGGCAGGUGGAGACGGGUAUCGUGCUGCUGACCUGUCACGGUCCGGGUCAUAUGAUCCGAGUCACUCCGGACCGCAGUCACGCCGUCUCCGGCAGCAGCGAGGGCAGUCAGCUCUAUGUGUGGACGCUGAGCAAGGAGCACACCAAAUACACCAUUAGCCACAAUGACGCCAUACGCUGUUUUGACGUCAGCAGUGACAGUCUACACGUCAUCACGGGCUCCAAUGACGCCUCGCUGAAGGUGUGGACCAUCGCAGAGGGACGGCUCACCCAGGUGCUGGUGGGCCACGAGGCAGCGGUGACCUGCGUUGCCUACCCUGCCUAUGUUAGUCACACGGCCGCGUCAGGCGGAGACGACUGCCUAGUCAUGGCCUGGGACGUAGGCACAGGUCAGACCCGUCAGGUGAUUCGGGACCACACGGCACCAGUGACAGCAGUCAGCAUGACGGCGGACGCCGGGAUGAUUAUAUCAGGUUCCGUGACGGGCUGGGUGUACGUCCACAAGACGGUCUCUGGCUACUGCGUGACGUCCAUUGCUCUCCACAAGGCCGUGGCGGGCCUCUGUAUCUCCGCAGACGCCGGCAAAAUUGUCGCCAGGCUGCAGAAUAGCAUGUACUUUGCCCUGCUGAGUUUCCUCAACGUACCUCCGCUGGCUCCGCGGGCCCGGCCAAGAGCCGUGGUUCAGCCAAUCACAGAGGGCCGACGGGGCGCCGAGGCCACCGCUUCCCCGGCCGCCAGCCGCCGGCCGCCGCCGCACCGGCGCGCACUCAAAAAGGGCAUCUCCCUGGACACUUACACCUGGCAGAGAAAGUACGGCGGACUGCUCAGCAAAAUGGCGCCACUGUCUCCGGUGAAUGGGGAGAAACCCAGGAGGAAAAUUGGGGAGGAGGAGGUACGAAUGUGUCCCGAAGGAGGCACCAUUCACCCCAGUCAGAUGCCCGCCGGUGUGUCCCGUCGGACCGACUCCCGUGAGCAGCUGGCGGCGCCCCCAGCACCGGAGAACGGCUCGUCCCGCGUGGCGCCGCCGCCGCCGCCCGUAUCAACGCCCAAAAAGCGGGAGCUGAACCGCACCAGUACCGCUCUGGUUCUCACAAUGCCCCGUCGCGCCGAGGAGCCGGCCGGCGGCGCGGGGCCCUCCUCGGCCGUGCCCGAGUCUCUACUGCGACUGCGGAGAUCCACCGCAGGCUGUGGGCCCACAGCUGACGCCCUCCGUGACCUGAUGCAGCUUCUGCAGAGGCCCGGAGGCCAGCAGGGCAGCACGUCCAAGUUCUGCAGCAUCCUGUGACAGCGACUGGAGCAGCGAGGAGUGGCGGAGGAGGAGCUGAGGGAAGCGGAGGAGAUUGAAGAGGAGUAGCAAUAGUGGAUGGGUGUGGGGAGUUGUGGUGAGCCGUGAGGUAGCGCGGGACUAGUGCCUGAAUCCCACGCCGGCUAAUGGGGCAGAGAGGUGUGUUUUGGUGGGUUGGGUGUUGCGAUUUCUGCGGAAAGGGAACUAAUAACACUGGAGAAUUUGCGUGUCGGUAUUUGAGGAAGAACACUCUGUUCUUUUCACAGCUAUAGUUUGACAGUCGCCGCUGCUGUCAAAGUUUGGAAUUGAUUCU